AUGGCAUCUUCACUGGUGGUUCCAGUGAUCGAUGUCCACAAUGAUAACUUUAAGGAGAUGUGGCCUGCUAUGGUGAUAGCUGUUAAAUCCUCUUCCUUCAUUGCAGUGGACACGGUAAGUUUAGUAUUUUUAUUUAUUUAUCCUUUUUUUACCUGUCUGCGUGUUUGUCUGAUAUGAUACUCAAUAAGCCACGUUCAUUUACGAUAGUAUCGCGACACAACUACUUGGAUAUAUCGGUUAAAUCUUAAUACAGGGCUGAUAUUAGAUUUCUUUAGCAACAUUGGACCCGCCUGGUGCGCACUGGUUCAUGUGCUCUUAUUUGCAUGGUUUCCCUGUUAUUUUGUUUAAAGUUACAGGACUUACAUGACCACACUGUGCAUCUUUGAAAAAUAGUUUAGCAGAGACACAUGAAAAGUAUUAUUCAUUGUUUCCUGACAAAAACCCUGCAAUGCUCAGUUAUCGCAAUUAAAACAUUGGAUGUAAUUGAAAGCCCUCUUACUGAUAGCUCAGGUUCUUAUGUAACACAGUUUCUUUCAAGCGAGAUCAAAACUUUGUGAUUCCAUGAACCAUGACAGAUGAAUCAGAAGACUAUGUCAAUAUUUUUUACUAAAGUUCACCUGUACAGUCUCUAUCUGAUGGUGUAUUCUUUCUAGCUAUGAAACAAUCCCCAAGCUGUUUAAAAUAGGCUAGAGGACAGAUGUAUUCCCCUCCCCUUAAUAACAUUGAGUUUCCAUUCUACAUAAACAAGGUCCAUAGCGAUAGAGUUUUGAAACAUUUAAGAUGUGACUGAUUAACAAUUUUUUUUGCUUUCUCACUGUAGGGCUGGGCGAUAUGGGAAAAAAGUUGAUCACUAUAUAGUUUUUCAUAUCAGUCUAGCAAUAUAUAUCACAAUAUAAAAAAUGAAAUUUAACAGUGCUUAUUGGUAGCAUGUCUUUUGCAAUACAGUAAGCUACUGCACUGUCUUUUUGACGUUUUGUCGUAAGGCAUUGUGCUAGAGAAAGCAGACUGAAUGGUCUGCUGCACAGGCGCCAUGGGCUCCUUACUCCACUCAGGGUUUGUAACCUUUUGCAUUGUGCGUGCUGUGCUGCAUGGCACUGCUUCAGGCGGUGAAAAAGAUUUGAGGUAUUUCCCGACUUUGUGAGAACAUGUACUUGACAUAAUUUGCAGUGCACAUUACUCUGCUUUAUGUCUGACCUCAAAAAACCAAAAUACCUCCACACCACCAACAUUUUCGUGCCAGUGUUGUCAACAAUGUCAUCAUCUGUUGAGCCUUCAUCUGCAUUUCUGUCAGGGGUAGCACUCUUUUUAUUUUUUUCUCACUGACAGUGCUGUUGGCUUCACGUGUUGAAGUCCUAUAGUUGUGUGUAGCUGCAGCCUGCUACUACGCAGUUGUUUCCUACUGUGUUUUAAUUCAGCACGAUUGGUUCAGUGCGAAGCUGACUCGGAGCAACUCCCCCUUUUCAUUGGCUAUUCGUAUAGUCUACCAAAACAUGGCAGAAUGACGGUUAUCAAAGCAUGUUGACCACGUUUUAUAUUGAUAUCGAGGGAAAUUAAUUUUUGAUAUCAUUAUCGUUCUAUUGCCCAGCCCUUCUCACUGGUAUGCAAUUAUUACACCAGUACACAUCACUGCCUCUCUUGCUCUAACAUACACACACACUGAUCUGUACCUCCAUUGAAACCCUUGUUAUGCAUAAUCUAAUCUCUUUCAACUCAGCAUAUACAGUAUUAUCAAACGCAUUCAUUUAAGUAUUUUAGCCCACUGUUAGUCCCUUCACCACAUCCAGCCACACUCCAUGCCCAUCUUUUUACAUGAAACCAACAAAAGUUAAGUGAAAAGUAUUUAUAUUAACAGUUUCACUCUGUGUUGUUUCAGGAGCUAAGCGGUCUUGGAAACAGGAAAGCCCUGCUGGCUCAGUGAGUAUGGCCAUCAGUGAUUUCAUUUUCACCUGUUACACACAUGCCUGGCAGAGUUGGAUAAAAUACCUGAAAGCUAAAUUGGAGCAUUACUACUAUCCUCUGCCCUGAGCCUCUGAGUUGCUGUUUCUCCGAGGCUAAAUUUUGAGUAAAAAAUAAAUCCAAGGCCUUGAUUUUUUUUUUUCCUCCAAUUUAAUCUUGAGUUACAGAGAUGCUAAGGUAAACACUGACAGAAAUAUAUCAACUGUAGUAGAGUGUAGGUACUCCUACAAUAUACUAAAGUAUUAUAACAAAGUGCUUUAACUUUGUUGUGAUCCACCACUCUCAUGUUUGUCAUCAUGCUUGCUGAUUUGUGUUUUAUUAAACUCACUGUCAUGUUUCAGAUCCAUAGAGGACAGAUACAAAGCUAUCUGUCAUGCAGCUCGCUCUCGCUCCAUCCUCUCUCUGGGAAUCAGCUGUUACAAGAUACUUGACAACAAGGUACUUCAAGGGUCUGCCUCUCGCUUUUCUGUUCUGCUUGGCACCAUAUAACAGUCAUGAUUAGACUUGAUACCACAGCAGAUGACUUCAUGACACUUUUAGUUCCAUAUUUAUUAUGCUCAUGCCUUUGACCCCCUCCAGGCUGAGAACACAUACCUGGUCCAGGUAUAUAAUCUAACCCUGCUGUGCUCAGAGGAGUACAUCAUAGAGCCGCAGUCAGUCCAGUUCCUGGUGCAGCAUGGAUUUGACUUCAACAAACAGUAUGCAAAUGGAAUCCCCUACUGCAAGGGCAACAAUAAGGUGAUGAUGAGUCUUUGUUGUAUUAAGGGUCAUGCUUUCUUUAUUCUGACUCUUGUGUCUAUGAGUGUCCGUGUCACGCUUUUUUUAUUAGCAACAUGUUUUAUCCAGUUCAUCUUCAGUCGGCAGUUCAAAAUGGAUGAAGAACUGCACCAUCUUGACUAAAAUCUUUUUCAAAGAGAUCUCCAAAUUUAAAUGUAAAUUUAUAGUAAAGAAUCCUGAUAAAGCUGGAGCGUGCUGAUCUCACACUGAGAAUAGGCUGCUGUAGCAUGUAUUAAUGCCACAUUAUAACAGAUGUUGAUUGUGUUGAUGUUGAAAACCAAUACAUACCUGUCUUCUCACUGUACUUUCUCUUUCAGGCAGGAUCAGACGACAGAGGCGUCCACAUUAGAGCUUUAUUCACUGAGCUGCUGCGAGCCAGGAAGCCUCUUGUGCUUCACAACGGCCUCAUCGACAUGGCCUUUCUUUACCAGGUAACACCAGACUCUUCCUUUUUCUUUAUUACCCCAAGUUUCUGCCCCUAGCUUCUAACUUUCAGGAUUUGUUCCUCAUCUUAAUAUUUGUGAAAUCAUGAAAAAUUAAUAUAUUUAAGCCUUCGAUCAAUGAUUGAGUAUAAAGGAUGGCAUCAAAACAGCCAGACUGAAAAUGCAAGAAGUUUCCUUAAUCUUUCUGCUUCACACGUUUUGAAAACACGACAUUUGUUUACAGCCCUAGUCUGCAUUUUCUCAUCUGAUAAUGCUUUUUUUGUGGGUGUAAAGCCAGUGCCUUUCUCACAGCAGAUCACACAGCUCAUUUGUUUCAUUUAUUCUUCUCCUACCAGAGUUUUUAUGCUCACCUGCCUGAGCAUCUUGCGACUUUCACAGCCGACCUGUCUGAGAUGUUUCCUGCUGGGAUAUACGACACCAAAUACAUCACUGAGUUUGAGCUCCGACUCACUGCCUCCUAUCUAGAGUACGCUUAUAAGAAAUGGUGAGUAUUGUUGAUGGUCAGGCUGUCACAGUAUCACAUUAGUGCCUCAUGAUUGUUGUGGCCAUAAAAAAAAUCCAGAUAACAUUAUUGUUGCAAGAUUCAUUGAAAACUGGAAAAAAUAGAAAGUUUUGGAAACGCAAGACAAGGGUGUGUGUGUGUGUGUGUGUGUGUGUGUGUGUGUGUGUGUGUGUGUGUGUGUGUGUGUGUGUGUGUGUGUGUGUGAUACGUUACUUCAUAAACUUCACCAUUGGCUUGCUUACAUAUCAUCAUUCACCAUUUCUAAAAGAGUUUAACAUUAUGAUUUAUGUGUGUCACCAACCCAAGAUAGAAACUGCUUUGGAGAAAAGAUCUCUGCAUAAAAAUCAUUAUUUGUGAUGUUUUAUUUUGACAUUUUGAAAGUCUUGUUGUCAGGUUUAGUUUGCUUGCAUUGUUAAAUUAAGUUUGAACUACUUAAAGUUACAGAACUGACUGAAAUAUUUAAAAGACUUGUCAGAAAAGAUCAGUGUUGCCUUUAAGGGGCACAAGCCCUCACACUGAUUUUGGAUUGACAGUAACUCUUUAGAAGAUUAGUCGGACCAUCUAUUUGGAGGACAGCUCUUUCCUCCUUUUUAGGCUAGGUGUUGCCCAGCAUCAAAGACUGCUACAGACCCAAAGCAUGAACCCAUUACUGAUACUAAAUGACCUUGUUUUUAAAUGUGCUUUCAAUACCUCAUAUUUUUCAGUAAGAGGGAUAGCGCCAGUAUUAUUUUAUUAUCAUCCUGAUGUAAGCAUAUUCGAUAAACCAAUCACAAUGCCCUCUCACUCAUCAUGUGACCACUUAAACCUCUGCAUUAAGGCCUGACGGUAUGAUAGUGUUGCUUUUACACCAUUUUAGUGCAGUUAGAUGGAGCUCAAGCAAGCUUUCAGCUACCCCAAUACCAGAUGAAUAGGAGCCAUCUAGGGGUGGAAUAUAUAUAUAUAUUUUUUAAUCAUUUUAUUUAAAUUUAAUUUGAAUUAAAAAAAACAUGCUGCAAGCUGAUGUAUUGUGUAAAACAUAAAGAACAACAUGAAAACUUUGAGCAAAAAUAUUCUCUUUAUUUUUGUUUAUUGCACUUCAUACUUUCUUGACAUCCUUCAGACUUCAGUUUUGUUUUGCAGAGCACCAGUGAAACUCAUUGAUGCAAUACACACACCAGACAGUGAUGCUGUGCUGUAUCAUUGCUGUGAAGGCCAGCUGUGUCAGUGUUUGAUUAAAUGAGUUAUAAUCCCUUUCUCAUAUCAUCACCUCCCUGCAGUAAGCUGGAUAACAGUCGCAGUGUGACCUCUGGUGCCGGGCCUCAUGUCCAGGUGGAGUUCUGCCAGUAUGGUGGUCACAUGUCCAGCUAUGUGGACUACAGGACCUGUCCAGAUGUGGCUUCUACUGAGGGACAGACUAACAUCUGCCUGCAGUUUUCUGUGAGUUUGACCCUUUUUUAUCCCCCUAUUGUUUGAAAUUGUUUGGUAGUGAAAUUAAAGAAAUUAAUGGGUUAACGUUACAGCCUCUUAAAUAAUGUCUCAGUAUUUUUCUACAUUUAUUAUGAGCCCUAUAACAGGUUUUAUUUACCUUUACUCAUUGCCCUGUUUCAUCUGUCAGGGGUUUGGCUGGUGUCCAAACGGCAGCCAGUGUCCAUUAUCCCACGACACUGACCUUAUCAUCCUCCAGGAUGAGAAGUGCUCAGGGGACAAGAGAAAAAAGAGGAAGAGACACAGAGAGAAGAAGAAAGGCAAAGAAAACCCCACAGAGGCCUCCUCCAUGUUUGACGGUGCCCCUGAAAACAAAAUCCCCCACAUGGAGGUGGAUCCUGCAGAAACACCAGAGCCUCCAGUGGAGAAUGAGGGGAAUACUGCAAAGAGUGAAGAAAGCAUGAAAAUAGACGAUGAGGGGAAUGGAGUGUGUGACUCUGUCGCAACUGCUAUGACAGACGACACAAAAACAAACACAAAGGAAGGAAGAGAAAGCAGAGCAGAGGAUGAAGAGAGAGAGAAAACGAGUCACCCUUUGUCCAAGUCAAACAGUCAUAACAAGACAGACACAGGAAUACACCGGGCGGGGUUUGAUGCCUUUAUGACAGGGUUCAUCUUUGCCCAUGCUAAUUCAUUACCCAAGAAGGAGGGAGGCGGGGUUGUGGAGAAGAAGGAGCAGCUGACAUGGAUUCCUUCCUGUCUCAAUAAGGUCUACCUGAGUGGAAAGGCAGCUCCUCUGAAUGUGGUCAAGAGCACCUUCUCCAAAUCAUCGAAGGCUCAUGUGCAGAAGAUGGAGAUGGUAUGGGGAGCCAAGGUUUAG